AUGAACCCCCUCAAGCUCAAUACGACGUCUGUGUCAUUGGCCGUGACGCCGACCGUCGUCUCCACACUCUUGUCCCAUUACCUCAACCGACAGCCUCUCAAACAGAAGCCCACCGCCCACUUGUCCUACGACGAAGGCCUCCACCUCGUCAGGUCCUUUCUCCAGUUCGCCUCUCAGCAUACCGUGGAAGAACUUCAAGCUUUUACCGCACAAUGGGUACCUCAUCCGCAAUGGGUGCGGGUUGACGAGGUUACAAUCGCCGACCAGCUACUCGAGAAGGCCGCCACUUUGCUUCAGGCCGAGUUGGGCGAGGAAGGCAUUGCGCGAGUCGGCGGCCGUCAGUGGUGGCAGUGGAGGAGACCGAAAAGCCCGCUUAAGGCCGAAUGGAUCGAGAUGAAAGCGCACUACCAAGAGCGCAAGAAGAAUGGAGAUCCCGGGAAGCGCGUCAUGCUCUACGUCCAUGGUGGCGCUUACUUCUUCGGAAGCGUCGACGAGCACAGGUAUCAGAUGCAGCGUCAUGCCCGGAAGCUCAAGGCUCGGGUCUUUGCGCCGAAGUACAGACUGGCGCCGCAGUUCCCCUUCCCCUGCGGGCUGCAGGAUUGCAUUGCGGCGUAUCUCUACCUCCUCACCAUCCAGGAGCCAAACACGAUCAUCCUCGCAGGCGACUCGGCCGGCGGCGGCAUGGUCAUGUCGAUGCUCUGUACCCUGCGUGACCAAGGCAUUCCUCUUCCUGCUGGCGCCAUCCUCAUCAGCCCCUGGGUCGACCUGACACAUUCCUUUCCCAGUGUAGCGGGAGAUACACCGUUCGACUAUAUUCCCUCGUCUGGGUUUCACCACAAGCCAUCGCGGGCAUGGCCGCCGCCCAACGAGGACGACCUGGCCAUGAUGGAAGAACAAGCUGCGAAGACGAAGAAGGGAGAUAAGGGCGCUGCGAAGCCAAGGACGUUAGAGGCCAAACAAGGUAACCCAUUUGAACUGGAGACACCCGAAGGGCAUAAUGCACAGGGUGAUCCAAUAGCAAAGCCUGAGGCUCCUCUCGAAGCCGACGUGCCGAAGACCUCAGUCCUGCUUUCCGUCACCAUUAACGGAAAACUCACGACCGUCAAAGAUCAGAUUCAGAUGUACACCACCAACCAGCUCCUUGACCACCCACUCGUCAGCCCCGUCACGCAACCAACCCUGGGAGGUCUUCCGCCCCUGCUCAUUAUGGUCGGCGGCGGCGAGGUCCUUCGUGAUGAACAAAUCUAUCUGGCUCACAAGUGUGCCAAUCCCACCAAAUACGCUCCACCAGACGAAAAGAUGAACGAUGCGGACUGUGAGAAGCUCAACCGGUACAAGCCAACAGACGUUCAGCUGCAGGUGUGGGAUGACCUCUGCCAUGUCGCCCCGACUCUCAGUUUCACAAGACCCGCAAAGUACAUGUAUCGGUCCAUUGCCCAAUUUGGGGCGUGGGCCCUCGCCCGAGCUCAACAAGUCGAAAUCGACAUUCUGGACGAUGAUGACAUCUCGGUCAUUUCUUCCUCCGGCAGUGAUACCGACCAGCCACAGCCAGAGUGGGAAGCUCAGAUUGAGUCUGCAGCUGCGGGCAACAACCCCCUCAAAGCCCAGAUUGGAAAGGCCGGAGACACCCUGCCUCCUUUCAAAGGGCACAUGAUUAGGCAAAGAGUUACGCGGCACGGAGGCGUGUAUAGCCUGGAGGCGCCUUCCGAGCUCGCCAGCUGUACAAUGGACAGGAGGGACAUUGGGGUUGCCAAGGAGAUCCCGUCCGGAGAUGGCUUGAGACGAAGGCGCGGUGGGACAGCAGGUAUUCGAGCGCGAAAACCAAAGUGCAUCAAAAGAUUGUCAAGGACAUCGCGUCGGGCUUCGUUGGUUAUGGCGAUGGUGAAACCCCUCCGCCGACCGCCUUGGCAGGUCGUAGGAAGGUUCCCGCAGAGCAGGUUGACAAGAAGAAGAAGAGGAGUCUUGGUCUCGCAUUGUGGUCGCUGUGGGGCUCAAAGCAUGACGAAAUGA